AUGUCAUCAAGAGGAUCUUCCACCGCUCAGAGGCCGUCGGCAGCUCCCUCGAUCCCAAGACCGCCGUUGAACGUCCAUCCUACCGCUACGAUCUCUGAAACCGCAUAUUUUCAAGGCGUCCAUCCAAUCUCAGUGGGUGCAGGAACCGUUAUCCAUCCUCGCGCAAAACUACUCUCCUUCAAAGGACCGGUCAGCAUAGGAGAAGGAUGCAUUAUCAGCGAGAAAUCUGUGAUAGGAGGGCCCGUUACGAGUAACUCAGGCUUGUCAACGCCUACGACUCCGUCAACACCUGCUCCGCCUCUUGACUUCGGCUCCAACAUUGGCCCAGCUUCUCCAGACCGAAUAACCACCAUUAUAGAAAAUUCAGUGAGCAUUGGUCCUCUCGCGACCGUCUCUGCGGGCGCUCAUCUGUAUUCAGCUUCGGCUAUUGAAGCAUCGGCAUUUAUAAGUAAGGAUGUGAAAGUUGGGAGACAUGCUAAGAUCUGUACAUCAUGCUUGAUACCCGAAGGAGAUACGGUUGAACCCUGGACAGUUGAAUCUUCAUGGGCUGAAUGGCGGGAUGGUGGAAACUGGCCGGCUGGUAGCACUGAACCGCGAGAGAGAGAGCUUGACAAAAUUGAUCGGGAUAAGCGCUGGGAAGAGAAGAUGAGGCCACGAUAG